AGGUGAAACCCCAUGGACAAGGCCACCUGGAGGUCCAACCACACUGCCUGGGUGGAUUUCGUCCUGGUGGGGCUCUUCUGUCAGUCCACACACCCAGCUCUGCUGUGCCUGGUCCUCUUCGUGAUUUUCCUGAUGGCCUUGUCGGGAAAUGCACUCCUGAUCCUGCUGAUACGAGCUGACUCCCGGCUGCACACGCCCAUGUACUUUUUCAUCAGCCAGUUGUCUCUCAUGGACAUGAUGUACAUUUCCACCACUGUGCCCAAGGUGCUCAUGGACCAGGUCAUGGGUGAGAACAGGAUCUCAGCCCCCGAGUGUGGGAUGCAGAUGUUCCUCUACUUGACACUAGCUGGCUCAGAGUUUUUUCUCCUGGCAGCCAUGUCCUAUGACCGCUACAUAGCCAUCUGCCAUCCCCUGAGUUACCCCAUCCUGAUGAACAACAGGAUGUGUCUCCUCCUGGCCUCUGGCUGCUGGUUCUUGGGGUCAGUGGACGGCUUCAUGCUGACCUCUGUGACCAUGACCUUCCCCUUCUGCCGAUCCUGGGAGAUCCAUCACUUCUUCUGUGAAGUCCCUGCCGUGAUGAAGCUCUCCUGCUCAGACACCUCACUCUACGAGACCCUCAUGUACCUGUGCUGUGUCCUCAUGCUCCUCAUCCCCGUGACAGUCAUCUCCAGCUCCUACACCUCCAUCCUCCUCACCGUGCUCAGGAUGAACUCAGCAGAGGGCCGGAAGAAGGCGCUGGCCACCUGCUCCUCCCACAUGACCGUGGUCCUUCUCUUCUACGGCGCUGCCAUCUACAACUACAUGCUUCCCAGCUCCUACCACACCCCCGAGAAGGACAUGGUGGUGUCUGUGUUUUACACAAUCCUCACUCCUGUGCUGAACCCCUUGAUCUAUAGUCUUAGGAACAAGGAAGUCACGGGAGCUCUGAAGAGAUUGUGCUGUGUGAGACCUGCAAUUCAGGACAUGGUAAAGUAG